AGGCAAGCAAAUUAAAGCUGGGUCGCGUGCUUUGUUCAAUUCGCCAUUGCCGAUUUACCGAAAUCCUGGAUCAAAACAACAUUUCUAAGCAACAUCAUGGCAUCGCCAGUCAUGCACUAAGUGUGACAUAAAAAAAAUAUAACUUCACAAGCCUCACAACAGUACAUACAGUAAUUGUUGAUCAUCCGUGACGCAGCAGCAAUGGCCACGCCAGAUAUGGACGUUAUCAAGGAAAUACCGGGCUACAAGGUUAUACUGAAGGCCGUCCUCAAGAGUCAAAUUCAACAACUGGUGGAACAGUUGGCCACCACAACCGACGAGGAAUCCGUCAUCCUGACCGCCAGUGUGGGAGAUGGCACGCUGAGUCAUCUCGGGUCAGACUCUGGGAAAACGUUUCUUGAGGACCACGAGGAUAUCAAGUCACAGUUCCUAGGCUUUUGUUUGAAACGCCAUCACAAGCAGAAGCAGGAAAAAAUGGAGAAAGAGAGGCAGGAGGCUUUGGCUCGGGUAGCCCCGGUAACGCCCCCUCGAUAUGGCGGAAUGGGUGGUCCAAGGGCUUCCUAUAUGCCCCAGAGAUCACCACGCUUCACCUCACCCAGAAACCAGGGCCCUCAUCCUGUGGCCCUCAGUAGGGCCUCAACAGGAGCACUACGGAACAGUGGGCAGGGUGGGGCCAGACAUGAGCCUUACCCAACACAGAGGGCACCCAGGAGGGGGUCCCUGAGCUUUGAUCAGGGCCCUGGGCCAAGACCUAAUGUAGGGAGUGGGGGACAGGUGAUUAAGGUUGAACCUACUGAUGAUGAACAGUCAAACCAGAGUGCUCCAGGAAUGACUGGAUCAGACACAGCCCAAGGAUCUAGUGAACCCUCAUCCCCUUCUGUAAAUCAGACUGGUUUACAGCAGUCUACAGAGAGAGAGGACGAUGCUAAAUCAGAAUCUAGUUCAUCUACCAUUCCUAACGAGUCCUCCGAUCUCAAACAAACUGACAAUGUACCACCGGGCGGACUCAGUCUGGGUUCCGACCUAUCUAGUCUCAUACCAGGAGUCGCAACAACCACCUCAGAAAGUGUUCAUGAUACGAGUGGGAUGGACCCUAAUGUGAGUGUUAAACUGGAGGCUGGUGAUGAUGGUGAUAUGGACCUUGAGAUUACUGGUGUUGAGCUGGGGAGUCGGCCUGGGGACCCUGUUAUGGCCAGUUCCCAGGACUGGGCCCAGCAGGCUAUGGGCGGGAUGCCUACUGGUGCUUCUGGGGGUCCAGGAGAUAUGACAGCUCAACAAGGAUACAAUAACCCGCAACAUUUCCUACAAAGUCUGGGCCUGCCGAAGGUGAAGUUCCAGUGUGAGUUUUGCCUGAAGGUCCUCAGUGACAACCACGCCCUCGUCCAGCACCGGCGAAUACACACAGGCGAACGGCCUUUCAAAUGCAGCAUUUGCUCGAAAUCCUUCUCCACUAAAGGAGGCUUAAAAGCUCACUCUGUUGUGCAUAUUAAAGAUUUGUAGACGUGUUAAAUCAGUGAACAACUGAUAGAUUUGAACAACAUUGAUCAUGGUCCAUGAUUACGAACAGUCUCAAGUUUAACAUGGAUUAGGGCCCAUGAUUACGAACAGUUAUAAGUUUAACAUGGAUUAGGGCCCAUGAUUACGAACAGUUAUAAGUUUAACAUGGAUCAGGGCCCAUGAUUACGAACAGUCUCAAGUUUAACAUGGAUUAGGGCCCAUGAUUACGAACAGUUAUAAGUUUAACAUGGAUCAGGGCCCAUGAUUACGAACAGUUAUAAGUUUAACAUGGAUCAGGGCCCAUGAUUACGAACAGUCUCAAGUUUAACAUGGAUCAUGGUCCAUGAUUACGAAACAGUCUCCAGUUUAACAUGGAUUAGAGCCCAUGAUUACGAACAGUCUCAAGUUUAACAUGGAUCAGGGCCCAUGAUUACGAACAGUUAUAAGUUUAACAUGGAUCAGGGCCCAUGAUUACGAACAGUUAUAAGUUUAACAUGGAUCAGGGCCCAUGAUUACGAACAGUUAUAAGUUUAACAUGGAUCAUGGUCCAUGAUUACGAAACAGUCUCCAGUUUAACAUGGAUUAGAGCCCAUGAUUACGAACAGUCUCAAGUUUAACAUGGAUCAGGGCUCAUGUCCAAGACUUGGAAAAGCUCUUUUAUUCAGAUUCAAAAGAUCGUCUUCAUUUUGACUUGGAUGUGCAAGCUUUGUUGUUAACAAAAAGUCAUUAAUGAAAAAUAAUUUUUGCCAUAAGGGUAUCAAAUAAUUGUAAUACUUGUUGUGUAACAUAUAUAUCAUUUUUCAUGAUCAAUUCUUUACUUAUACUUAUUACUUGUUUAACAACAAAAUCAAGAUUAAGAGUAUUCACUAUUGAACUCGUUUUCAUAAAAAGAAAAAGAAAUUUUGGCUCUUGGCUUGCUUCUGGUUAAAAACUGUAUUUUAUUUCUUUAGCUCGAUUGCUCCAAUUUUUUUCGGCAAAAAUCCGAGGAAUGAAACAUUAAUUUGUUUUGGCCUAAGGGAAAUAUUGUUACGAGAUUUUUUUUUCUUGAUUUAACAUCCAAAAGGACUGUUCUGUUGUACAUAUAAAAAAAUGAAGUGUUACACCUUUGUGAAUAUUGAAAUUAAAGUGUUCUUGACAUACAUGUACAUUCAUGUACAUAGAUUAGUUUCCAGACAUGCCUUUUCAGGUAUUAAAUUUCAGGUUAGUGGUCCCAAUAUCUCGAAACAAUUUAAGUUCCUUAUAAUGGAAUUAAGCAAAGCUCACUUAUUUUUGGUUUGGUAUAAUUUGUGACAUAUUUACAUUCUUAAUAGUUUUUGGACUGGACUCUUUAAAUAAUCAAGAUAAACUUAACUUCAUUUAGUAAAAAUAGGAGUUAGUAAGAAAAUUGUCAUAAUUAAAUAAGCUACUUAAGCCUGUUAAGUUUAAGAACUUUCAAGAAAUCACGGCCUGCUACUAGGGGUUGAUUGUGGACUUUCCUUUGUAUUAUUAAUUGCUUGAUAUUUUAACUACAAAAUAUUUAUGCAUUAUAUAAUUUUUUGCGGUUGUAGAUUUCUUGACAUUUUUAAUACAUAUGAUUUAUCGUGUCUUUUUAAACAAAGGAGAAUCCUGCCUAUUGUUGGGAAAAUAAUGCUUAGAUAUUCUGUUCUGAUAUUGAAAAUUGUCAGUUUUAUUUGAAACCUAUUAUUGAAAAUGCUCCAUAUUUAAAAUGAAUCGGUAAUGUUUUUCAAUGAUCUGUUUGGAAUUAAUGUUAAAUGAAUUAUAAAAUAUGUUCUUCAUGAGUUUUUCCAUCUUUCAUACUAAAUGGCUAGUCCUUUCACCUCUGUUGUAAGUUGCUUAAAAAUGUAUGAAUAAAAUAAUUUUUUGUAUGAUACCA